GCACAAACCACACCUGAAAUCCAAUCGUAACUGGUGCCGAUCGAGGGACCCAAGGAGGUGGUAAUCGUGCAUUCACGGUGAUCUUCUCGAAUGUUUUCGUUUCACGGUCUUGUUUUCCCUCUUUCCCUUGCACGCAAGCUGUUUGAUGUCUGUCCCGAGUGAGAGGCAUUAGCUUUUCUUGGGCUUGUUUCUUAAACUUGGAGCAAGGCAUUAGCGUCUUGAGAUGACCCAUCUUCGAGUCACUGUUAAAGACGUAGCUUCCUCGAAUGAAUGGAGUGCGGCAAGAGAGUCUGGAUGCUUUGUCACCUCGCUAGUGCGUCUGCCCACCCUCAGAAGAAAUUGGAGUUUUGGCGAGGUUUUGCUUAACUGGUCGCAGCGUAGAUUCAUGACCACGAGCAAGAGAGUGCAAGACAGGAGCAAGAACAAGAGGGUCCAUGAUCUCGAAAUCGCCACCGAGAAGCAUAAAGUGGUGUCUAAGGUGUUGGUUCUCAUGGAAAUGUUGAAGAAGGAACCCGAGAUGAUAAUCCCCGUGAGGUCGCUGGAUCGACACCGGAGACAAAUUAAUUUGCCCAAGCCACACAGUAUAGUGGACUUCAUUCGGAAGUCGCCGAAACUGUUUGAGUUGUACAAGGAUCAGAAAGGGGUAUUGUGGUGUGGAAUGACUAAAGAAGCUGAAGACUCGUUAGAGGAAGAGGAGAGAUUGAUUAGGGAACACUCUGGCACGGCUGCUGAAUACGUGACUAGGAUGUUGAUGAUGUCGGUCGAUAAACGGCUUCCUCUGGACAAAAUUGCUCAUUUCAGGAGAGAGUUUGGUUUGCCAGCUGAUUUUAGGAGCAAGUGGGUACACGAGUAUCCGCAGCACUUCAAAGUGGUUAACUCUCCAGAUGAAGUUGAUUAUCUCGAGCUUGUAGAGUGGAAUCCUGCUUGGGCUAUCACAGAGUUGGAGAAAGCCAUAUUGGGGGUAUCGGAAUCUGCCUCCCAUACUCCAGGGUUGCUUUCCCUAUCUUUCCCCUUGAAGUUUCCUGCCAGUUACAAGAAGGUGUAUAGAUUUGGAGGGAAGAUUGAGCAUUUUCAAAAAAGGUCUUACUUAUCUCCUUAUGCUGAUGCACGUGGCCUCCAAGCCGGAUCGAAAGAAUUCGAUAAGAGGGCCAUUGCAGUGAUGCAUGAGCUACUUAGCUUCACAAUGGAAAAGAGGUUGGUAACUGAUCACCUCACCCACUUUCGACAAGAAUUCCUGAUGCCUCAGAAGCUGAUGAGACUCCUGUUAAAGCAUUUUGGCAUUUUCUACGUCUCUGAGAGGGGAAAGAGGUUUAGUGUGUUCUUGACAGGAGCUUAUGAAGGUGCGGAGCUGAUUCAGAAAUGUCCGCUGGUUAUUUGGAAGGAAAAGGUCCUAAGCCUUAUUGGUUAUAGAGGGAGGAAGAAAAGGAUAGAAACUUUUACGGACUUAUCGGAUAUGGAAGAUAAUAAUUUUCUUGAGUGUGGCUCCAAGAAUGAAGGCAUCCCUAUGCAGCUUGACCGAGAAGAAGCCAUCAGUGAAUUGGAGGAUAUUGCAGUUGCAGACAGGUCCUUCAUGGAUAUACAUGAAAUUGACAAUGAAUACAAGCCUCAUGAUUCAUUUUAAGGUCAUAUGUUCUUGUUCGAGCUGUCAAGAUAACUUGCUUUCCAGUCUUCUUCUUCACAAGUUCAAAGGUUCGAGUAUUUGCUGUACAGGUUUAAUUGGUCAACUCUUGCUUACAUCUAUCAACCAAGUUAACCAAUGGCGGAGUGAUCCAUCUCUUUCCUCAUUAGUCCUAAACUUUACCACCGGAACUUCUGAAAUUAAUGAUUUAGAAAGAAUGCGCGGAUAAUGCUUUUGGCAACUCUCAGCUCGCCUUGGUGCCAGCAAGGACAUCAGAAGCAGUCUAUAUAAGAUGACAGGUUCAAUCUCAGUUAUUGGUCCGACUUAAUGAGUGUUGAAAUACUAAUCUGAUAUUCUGCUAUUCUCAAGAUGAACAUGCCACACUGCAUUUGAAUCUCAAUUGUUGGGUCAAAGAGAUGAUUGGGCAGUAGCUAUCAUGGAGAACAUAGCUUAUCUGCCGCUAUGAUGAUAAAAAUUCUCCCUAUUGUUGUUACAGAUUAGAUUUCGAGCUCACCCUGCAGUAAUGCCUUGUUCAUUGCUGUGCAUGGAUAUUCAGGUCCACAAUAUCGAAAACUGCCUUUUGCAAC